GUUGGCGCGAGGCUGUCGAGUCAAUGAGCAGAACUGGGCUUCGACCGUUUGUUGAGCUGGCUAGCAUAAAAGGAUGCAAUAUCUAAAUACAUUAAGUAAUACGUUAUACAAACCAAUUGCUGGCACAGCAUCGUAUAUUUUGGGUACGACUGGAGGAGUCUUAACUUAUGUUUUACCUGCACCUAAUGACCCAAUAGUAACGAUGAAACAGUUAUGGGAAUUGGCAGCACAGAGAGGACCGUAUGUACAGCUGGCUGCUCUGAGUGGAGCAACUGCUGUCGGACUUGGGGCUUAUGGUGCUCAUAGGAAGUACCCAGAGGACAAGAAAGUUGACCAGGUGCAAGUAUUUGAAACGGCUAAUCGUUAUCANAAAUCAUUAAAUAAUAAUAUACAUACAUACCUACUAAUCACAAAACAUACGUAUGGAAUGUAUUCUUUAUUUUAA